AAAGAAGUGAAGGCAGAUAAUUCUGUCUUCCCUCCUGCCCAAAUGGUAGAGAUUGGACCAGGGGUCAAUAUGUUCCCAAGUGGCGUACCUUGGCUCUACGUGGUGCUUAUUAUAUUCUUUGUAUUUUACCUUUUUGUCAUAUUCUCACCUUUUUUCCUCGUGAUAGCCCAGUACACCAAGAAAUUCUUUCUCAGGUGCCGAUGUUCUCUGGGCAAUAUUUCCUAUAAGGAUCAAGACAAUAUUAAGAUGAAGAUGAACCGUCUGGGAGGGGCAAUAUGUCUUCUUCAGGCCCCUGGGAGAGAAGCUCCAAGAAGAGAGGCAGCUGGUGGGAGAGAAGACAGCUCAGUUCUGGUGGGAGAGAGAUCCCAGGAAGUCUGCCCAGUGACAGAAGUUUGAGGUGACCACAUCUGUGACAGGCAUGUCCCAGAAAGAUACUUCUAGCAUCCUCAUUAUUUAUACUUAAGAGAAUGUGAUAAUAAAGAUUUUGUGCAUCUC